AUGGAUGUAGCACAUUGCUAUUUAGAAGGUAAUGCAGAUGCUGUGGAGUUUUGCCCACAUAAUGGGCACCACAAUGUUUUAGCAGCGUCCACUUACACACUACAAGAAGGUGAUCAACCCACUAGAUGUGGAAGCAUUUCACUAUUCAAUGUUGAUGGGGACACAGACAAUUUUGAGACCGUUUAUAGUGAGGAGACUAGUGGGAUUUUCGAUAUAAAGUGGAAUCCACCCUCAGGGAACACAAGUCCUUUUCUAGGUCAAGCAGAUGCUGAUGGAUACUUGAGAAUUAAGAGGCUGGAUGGUUGCUGUGAUGGAGUGGAAGGGACUUGUCUAAAAGAGAUUACAAGUGAGAAAAUUAGUAACUCAAUGUGUUUGUUCCUCGAUUGGAAUCCUUCAUCCACAUCAAUCACAGUUGGGCUUUCUGAUGGCUGUGUCUCUAUUGUUUCUCUUCUUGAAUCCAAGCUGGAAAUACAAGAGGAGUGGAAGGCACAUGAUUUUGAACUUUGGACAACCUCUUUUGAUAUCCAACAGCCAAAUUUGGUCUAUACUGGCUCUGACGAUUGUAAGUUUUGUUGUUGGGAUUUGAGGGACAGUCCUUCCAAUCUUGUAUUUAAGAACUCCAAAGUCCACACAAUGGGUGUUACUUGCAUCGAAAAGAGUCCUCAUGACCCAAAUAGAUUAUUAACUGGCAGCUAUGAUGAAUUCUUGAGGGUUUGGGAUUUAAGAUCAAUCUCAAAACCUGUUAAUGAAACUUCAAUCAGUUUAGGUGGAGGCGACAAAGCUGAGGUGUUGGAAACAUACAAGAAGCAUGAUUCACUUGCAUAUGGAUCAGACUGGCAGAAAGGAGAAGUGAAGCUCAUUGAAGGGAGAAGUAAACCAGUAGUUGCCACUUGCUCAUUCUAUGACAAACUUGUCAGGAUAUGGAGGCCAAGUAAUGAUAUUAUCUUGUAA